CUUCAGCGCUGCUGUUUGUUUACAUUCCCUGAUGCACAUGGAUCAUGUAUGCUGUGAGAACUAAUUGUCGAAAUAAUAUAUUUAUUGAUUAAGUUUCAUUAUGGCAUUGAUGUUAGAGACAACAGAUGGCGCUACAGGCAUAUUGAUUAACCAUGAUCUAGCAUUGAAGAAAAUUUACAGGAAUGUCAAAAUCCGUACACAGACUUUUAGGUCAUGUUUUAUGAAAUCAGACUUGUUUGACAUCCAUGAACCAUACAAGAUGGACUCUCAGAUCUUUGCAGAACAGAAUGCAAAAGACAAAGAGAAAACACAAAGAAAGAAAAAGAGAAAAAGGAAAAUAGAAUUAAACAUAGGAGAGUUGGAGGCCAGAGAGUAUCACUCGAAAAUUGUCCAGAGAAUAUCAGAGGUCCACAUGAAGUUGAUUUUAAAGGCUAAGGAGAUGAAAUAUAUUGAAGAAAAAAAUGAGUGCAAGGCAAAAAACUUAUUAGAGACUGAAAGAGAAUCGGGAACAGGUAUUGCAUCACCGGAAUAUCAACAGCUUACAGAAGUUGACAAUAACCAAUCUGCCAGACAGGCGGCUAGAACCCGGGAAACGGACACUAUACUGAGGGAUGUUUGUCUGACAGAGACUCAGUCUACUAAACAUCAGUCACCAGUCACAAUGUUGGAGCAUGUUCAGUUGUCCAAGUGUGUAAACACAGUAAUCAGCAAUGACUGGAACAACCCAGGCCUGUGUCAUAUUGAUGCUGAGACCUACAUCAUACCUCACAAGUCGACCUUCCUUCUGUCAGAUUUUACCCACCACAAAAUGCUUUACCCGAAUUCUGGUGAUGAAUUAUAUGAUCUAAUUGUGCUAGACCCACCAUGGCAGAACAAGUCGGUGAAAAGAAAGAAAAUGUAUGGUAGUCUACAAGAUGAAGAUCUACUAGAUAUACACAUGGAUAAGCUUGCAGCACCUGGCUGUUUGGUGGUUGUCUGGGUAACCAACAGAAUGAAACACCUCAAGUUUGUCAAGGAGACAUUGUUUCCAAACUGGGCAGUGACACAUUUGGCGGAGUGGCAUUGGUUAAAGAUUACUAAAUAUGGUGAGAUGGUAUAUGACAUCAGCUCUAAUCACAAGAAGCCAUAUGAAAUAAUUUUGAUUGGACGUUACAGUGGAACACAAUCAGCUAGUGACGGAAAGCAAGAAACAGAAGAACACACGAAGCAGUAGUACCAUUGUUAAAUGUGAUACAGGUGGUACCAUUGUUCAAACUAAAGCUGAUGAGACUGAGUGUGGUAGAUUAACAGGGUUUGCAGAUGAUGGUGGACCAGAUGAACAUGGUACGCCAAGAAAACAGGAGGGGGAAAUGGGGUGCAUCCCUGUAAACCACGUGAUAAUCAGUGUCCCUUGUGCUCUUCACUCUGUGAAACCCCCACUCUUUGAAGUCCUAAAGAAGUACUUGAGAGAGAAUCCCAGAUGCCUUGAACUGUUUGCAAGGAAUUUGUGGCCUGGGUGGACAAGCUGGGGGAAUGAGGUUCUUUUUCAUCAGCAUAUGGACUUCUAUGAAGUUGGUUGAUGUAACGGGACUCUGAAAACUUUGUCCAGUGUGAGGUCAACCCUUAGGCUGGUUUCUGGCACUCCAACAAGUGAGCCUCGCAGACUGGCCAGUUCCUUAACAGGAGUCUUGAUGAGGACCUUCGGAUAUACUGUCACUUUUUUCUUCUGGUUAUUGAUCUUGGCCAUAAUUUCUGCCGAAUAUUCCUUCUUUUUCUCGUGGUUGAAUUUGACCAAGACGCCUUUAGCUUUUGGAGUAUUUUUUAUAUCAGCUGUGCAAGUUGAAAAUAAAACAACAUUUAAAAUUGUUACCUUACUCCAAAGGUUUUGCAUAUUAGAUAAAACUAUGAUAUGAUUCAAACAUACUUUCAAUUGUGAUUGGAUCAUCUUUGAUUCCCUUUAGAACAAUGGUGGAAUCUAGCAUCUGUUUUAGCUUUGAAUUUUCAAUUCGCACACUUCCAUCAAGGGUGAUUGGGGUGGCCGUUGGAUAGGAGAUCAUUACUUUAGGCUUGUAUGUGGUCACAGAGCUUUGGACUUUGAUGACAACAGAGGAAUCAAGUCUGUAUUCUUGGGUUUCAUCAACAAUGGCAAGACCUGAAAGCUUCUUUUCAUUCUUUCCAUCCACUAUACUGCCUGUAGAUGACAAAGAGACAUGUUAGUUACUAGUUUAGUAGAGCAGACAUUGUAAAAUCAAUUCACCAUGCAGAAUUUUGUGAGCAUCUGAUUUUUUUUACCAUUACCUUUUGCAUUACAGACAUGACCACAAAUACAUGUAUAGAAAAAACUUCCAAUUCUCCAAAAAUAGGGAAAGUUUACCACCACCACCACCCCCCCAACCCCCACCCCCAACACUUUUCAGUCAAUAUUUAGAUCCAACUAACUUGCUAAUUUUUUUCAAACUAAUUCUGCAGUACCCAUAGUGUUUGAACUUGGUAAAACUUGAAAAGUAGAUGGACAAAGGAGAAAUAGGUUGGCUAAGUAUAAAAUCAAUUUUGACCUGUAAAUCUGGCCUUCUUCCAUGGAGAGAUCAGCCUUGUCUUUAGAAUUUUGGUAUCUUUCUUCACCUCAAGUUCAAAUCCUGUGGCUCUUUCCAUCUUUGAUCCAGGUGUGUCGUAGAACACUUUGAAGUUCAGCAGUUUUUUGUUCUAACAAUGAAAUAAUAUUAUGAAGUUUUAAUUCUAUUAACAAAGUUCAGCAGUUUUUUGUUCUAAUAAUGAAAUAAUAUUAUGAAUUUUUUGUUCUAAUAAUGAAAUAAUAUUAUGAAGUUUUUUGUUCUAAUAAUAAAAUAAUAUUAUGAAGUUUUAAUUCUAUUAACAGUUUAUUAAAAGAUUUUUUCACCAAACAGUAAACCUUGCCUGAACAUAAUGCUACUGCACACAGAUUAGAGUGCCUUAAAGAAUACCAAAUACAUUUCACAUUUUUACCAAUUCUUUAGCAAUGACAUAUAUAAACUACAUAAAAUAGAAACAAGAGUCAGAAAAGAAUUCAUAUGUGUACCAAUAAUUGUCUGUUGAUAUUGUAUGGAGCCUGUAGGAUAGACUUACAUUGAUUUGGUUGAUUUCUAUCUGGUAUCCUUUAUGUGAGUCUCUCUUGUAAAGAACGAGUACACCAUGUGCUGGGCCACUAAGUGGGAAUGGAGGAUAGUCGUCCUUGUUAUGGGGAUAAGCCACAUCUCCACAGACCUCUAAUCCAGUCAGACGGACCAAGGUAUGUCCGGAGCAGGACUUUUUUGUGACUAUGUCCUUUGUAGCAGGCACCUGUUUCUUCUCCUGGUCUUUGAAAACCAUGAAUAGGGAAGAUCUGAAAGUUAAAGUUUGAUUGCUAGAUGAAUUGAUUGAUCCAUUGCUCAAGCAUUAAUUAAAAUCUUUAUCACAGAGAUCUUUCUAAAUCAGUAGUACCCCACUGCUAGCAUGACAGUGGUUUCAUUAAUUUUCAUAGGUAUUGAAUUACACGUCAACAAAUUAAAUUUUGUUAUUAAGUCACAGACAGACUCCUUUUAUUUAUUUUUUUUAGAAAAUCUAAGAUAUCAAGAGUAGGUUCUCUUUUUAAUCUUAUUUCAUUUUUAAAGAAAUAAAUGGAUGUGGAAGGAAUAUGAUGAAAUCAAUACCAGUAUGCAAAGAAAAUUUCAAUCAGCAAGAUCAUAGUUAACAUAAUUCCUGUGUUUUUGUUUCGUUAUUUAAAAAAUACAGUCUUAUGGCUUACUUGACAGUGAUAAUUUCUGACUUGGUUUUUGGAACAUCAAAAUUGAAGAUGUAUUCCUCUCUGUUUUUAAUUUGUAUCUUGGUGCUGACCCCAGUACUGGAGUGGAGUGUGGAGGUCAUCUUAAUGCCACUCUUGGUGAAGAAUGCAUCCACACUCAUCAUGGACACAAACUCUACUGCUCCACUAUGGAAAAGCAAAAUAUGUGUAUUUAAAUGAGUUGAAUAUGUUACUCUUUGCAGUGAAUUCAUUCUGGAUAAAAACAAUGAGAUACUAAGAGGAGAUUCUAUUACAUGUAUUUUCUGUUUCUUUUUCAAUUAAUGGGUAUCCAUUGUUUUCUAGUACCUUGGUUCCAUGAUACCAUCAAUUAAGAUGCUCUUGUGUGGCUUGGUCAUGUCAAUGGUGGCCCGUCCUUUAAGGUCCACACUGGCAGUUCCGUUCACAGUCAGAUUGAGGGGCAGACCAAUUAUGGUGGGCACAAUGAUGCUACUGUCCAUGAACAUGUUACUUUUAGUGUAGGAGAUUUCGUUUCCUUUGGCCAGUUCCUGGAACAUUUCCAGGAAGUUAAAGCUCUGUCCUGUCUUUUUUGGUGUGGACUGUCCAAGUUGAUUGUAGAAAACUUCAUUUCCAAACACUCUGGCAUACAUUGCUCCCUUCAGUUCUUGAACUUUCUUGUCAAACUAUGAAUAAUAAAUAAAAUUUCUUGAACAUAAUGAACAAUGAUAUAAUUAUUGGUCCAUAUUAUGCUAUAUAUAUAUACAUAUUUCUUUCUUUUUGAAUUUCCUUCUUUAUAAACUGUCUUACUGUUAUGCCCUCUGGGCCCAAAAUUGGAAUAAACUUAUCUUAUCUAUAUAUUAUGCUAUAUAUAUACAUAUAUCCAAAAGUGAAAUAGAGUCUCAGUAAUCGGUUGAAAUAGAGUCUCAGUAAUCGGUUUGAAAUAGAGUCUCAGUAAGUGUUUUCUCUUCAUAUUUUUUAAAUAAAUAUAUAUAUAUGUUUAUUUUUAUUUGAGACUAACAGCUUUGUCCAUCUUCUCCAGUUUCUUCAUUUUGAUGGCAUUAUGUUCCUUCUCAUCUGGGGUGAUUGUUCCAUCCUUGAAGUAUCCAGAUUGUCCAAAGUAGGAUUCCAGAAGAUAAUCUAGUCCCUCUGCACGUCCUCCAAUCUCCAGAAGAUUUACCGAAUGUCCAAACAACUCAACAGACAGGUUAGCGGACACAGAUCGGGGAACGAAAGAUUCUGGUGACCAGAUGAGGUUGCUGUCCAGCAUGCCUCCCAUGUUCGAAUCUUGUGAGUAGUGAGACCAUUCGUAGUUUCUGGAGAACUUGCGUUUAUCAAGGUCGAAUUUCUUGGGAAGGUCCUCACUUUCCAGCAUGGAUCUGACUGUUUCCUUGUAGGGACUGGAGGAUUCUCUCAAGUUCAUUAAGUGGGUCCAAACAAAGCUGCCAACCUGUUUAUCAAAAUAUUUUACUUCAUUUUAAAACUGCUGUCAUUUUUUUUUAUGUAAAUAAAGAGAACUUUACAAUAUCAAUUUUAA